UCAAACAGUUAGGUUACAAAUGCGUAGAAUUUUCCGAGAGGGUCGCUCUUUUAUUGACGUGGCUCCUACUUUACGGAUUCGUAUAAAGUACACGAUAUAGCAGGUAAAAAAAAAAAAAAAAGGGUGGUACGCAGCCGUUAUAUGCUUGUGGAGCACACAUACCGACGUCGUCAGCUCCGGCCGCCAGACGUGUCAACUUCGAGCGAGCAAGUGAAAGCGAAACUUUCGUCUUAUGCAGCCGCGUCGGUACGUUGCUCCGCCAGAAAACUGUCAGAGUAGUACAAUGCGGAAGUGACUGCUAGGCAUUUAAGAUCGCAUUUGUUACCAUCAUUCAGCUAUUCUUUAUUUGUACUGAUAUUCAAAUCAACAAAUGAACAUUGAGUUUGAAGCGCUGCCAUUCUUUCCGGGAAAUGCAAACGAAAUCGCGAGAGGCGAAAAGAAAGAAUCUCGAACAGAAAAUGGAAUGGCCGGCUUUCUUCCAGUCCUUACCGCGAGAAGAUGCGACAGGAGAGAAUCUCAUGUAGAAAAAGGCGUGACUCACAUUUUGGAGAAGGUCCCGCCAGUCAUCAGUGCGAAUCAAGGUGAAAGGAAAGAAUCCCGGAUUGAAAAUGGAGCACCUAAUAUCACGGGAAGCGUUUCACCACUACAUAGUCGGGUGUUCGGGAUGCGUGAAAGAGCAUCGCGCCAACUUCAAAACAUGGCAUCGGUCAACGGGAGCAAGCCCAUAACAGAACCCAUUGCAGUGGCGUUACGACGAAUCGUUUUCGGCCAGUGUCCAGCACCAGUUAAGGCUGAAUAUUUUUCACGAGGUCCAGGACUUGUUUUUCGUGAAGCAGAGCGCGACCUUGGUUACGCUUUGAUGGUGAGUCACGCAGCUGGAUUGCCGAUUACAAACUCAUUAAUGAUGGCUUUACAGACACAUAUCUUGCGUAUUCUACUGUUUGACGUCAGACCAUCCAGGGUGUACCAACCGGAUCCCCUGAAACCAACUUUUUCAAUGCAACAAGAAGCUUUGUGUUCAGCCAUCACCGACAUCAUCUGGAAGGCUGGAGGAUGCCAGUACGGCGUUUUGUGUUUACCGCAUCCAAGUCAUACUCACGUCGAGGAGUCUGACCACUUCAAUGCAGAUGGUGUAACGGAAAAACUUAACGUACUGGAAUGUCACAAUCGAGAGGAACUCCAGUAUUUUGUGAGGCGUAAUCUUUUUCUGUUUCAGCAAGACCCCGGUCCUGCCUUGCUACUUCUAAUUUACAGUGCUGUCUUAGCCCGUGGAAUCGACCGAAUUGCAGAGGAUAUGGGGACAAGAUGGAUAACGGGCACAAAUUCCUAUCUGACCAGCUUGAUCAAUUAUUCCGGAGACAUCAGCUUCAGCGCGCUUAAUUUAAUUCUGUCGGGCAGAGCAGCUUCAUAUCUGCAUAACGGAACUCAUUAUCAGGAAGACAAGGACAAGAUCAUGAUUCCCCAGCAUGGCAUUCACGCGCGUUCACCUAUCGGAUUACUGCUCUGGAUGCGGACUGAAGAAAAAACAGCAGCAUACAAAUUAGGCUCACGAUUAAAAACACCAGUCUAUCCCAUUUGGUUGAUCAUUGCCUCGGAACAAAGCGGAGUGCUAUUUAGUGAUGAUCGUGAUCUCCUCCGAGAUUACCGGUCAGAGAUAAGAUUCGAGUUGCAUUAUCACACCAGUUCGCACAACCAAUUGAUACCAGCCGUGUUGGUAAUCCGAACGAAAUUGCCGCUUGAGGUACACGAGGAAGACGUGGCUCUUCCUACGUUAGACAAAAUCAUCCGAUCGAAGUGGAGCGGAGCACGCGUGAGCUGGAACGGCAUGACCCCAUUUUUGUAACGAAUGUGUCUAUAUUCUUCUUAAAUUUUUUAACUACAUGUCAUAUCAUAUUAAAGAU